CCAAAACACUAACAAGCGUCACCACGUUAGAAGCAGUAUGGCAGCUCCCAUGAGCAAUGUGGGUAAACCCUCUGCUGAACGUUCACCGUUCAAUAUUACCAGUUUUCAGAAGAAAACAAGGAGCAAGUUAAUCUCCAUACCUGGUACCAGACCAUCGGUUCAAAAUGGACAACUCCUAGUUUCGACAGGUGUCACGUCACUCGACUAUCUCCUCGGUGGUGGAUUAGCAGUUGGAACAGUACUUCUCAUAGAGGAGGACCGUUAUGAUAGCUACUCUCGUAUGAUCCUAAAGUACUUCCUGGCAGAAGGAGUGGUGUGUCAACAUGAACUUUUCGUGGCAGCAGCUCAAGAUAACCCAGAUGACAUCCUCCAGGAACUUCCGUCUCCCAUCUUGGACGAUGUUGCUGUCCACAAACCAGUGGAGCAGCCUAGGCUGUCUUGUGAACCCCAGGACAGUUUGGAUGCCAUGAAGAUUGCAUGGCGCUAUCAGAAUCUUCCAAAAGUACAGAGUGCCCUGGCAUCCUCAUCCCGGUUCGGACACUACUAUGAUGUCUCCAAGACGAUGGAGCCAGAAAUUCGCCAGGCAGCCAAGUGUCACCGCUUCUACCUUCCAGAACAUCCCACCCAGUCAUCACCCACACACAGUACCGCACUUGAGUCCUACUCUGCAUUGCUGAAGUUACUUCAAGAGGUCAUACACAAGGAGGGCUUUGAUGUAGCAGCCCCCAUGUCAAAGUCACGCAACAUCCUCCGAAUUGGGCUUCACUCUCUUGGCUCGGCUCUAUGGGGCGAUGAUCUGUGUUGUCAUGACAACCCUAGAAAUGGCCACGCCCUCACUACCUUUCUCUAUGGUCUACGUGCCUUGCUAAGGUCAUCGCUUUCCGUCGCAGUAGUUACUUUGCCGUCACACCUCAUCCAGGACAGAGCUCUAAUGGGCAGCAUAACCAGGCUGUGUGACAAUGCCAUAGCCCUGGAAUCAUUCAAAGGCUCUGAGAGAGAGACCAACCCACUCUACAAAGAUUACCAUGGCCUGCUACAUGUACGCCAAAUACCUCACCUGAACUGUCUGGCGAGUAAACUCCCUGACCACAAGGACCUGGCCUUCAAACUCAAGAGAAAACAGUUCACUAUUGAGAGACUGCAUUUGCCUCCAGACUUGUCUGAGACGGUGAGUCGUGUGAGCAGGGGGGAUAUGGCAGGCGCAACCGCGGUGGCUUCAGCCUGUGGCGCUGGAACUUCCGGCAACAAACACCUGGACUUCUAGAGCUCCCACAUAGUCGCCACGGGCAACCAACUCCUGGACCGCUGCAGCGUUGCCCUCUUUACCGUGCUGACCAGGUUGUUCCCUCACCCACGUCAUGUCAAAUGUGAUAACCCUGCCAGCCUUUACCACCUGCCAACUGUCCCAGCCAGGGGUGAAGAUCUAAACACCCGCAGUACCUCGUCUCAUGACGGACACAUUUCAUCCUAGAAGUGGGAUUUUGAUUACAUGGAAAUUCUAGUCAUGAAUUUAUUUUUUACUUUUUCAUUUUUUUAAGUCUCUACACACUCUCAGUCUUUGCAAACAGUAAAUAAUUUAGCUGCAUUCUAACAAGCUCCAGGCCUGCUUUUCAAAAUGAGCGUCCAUUCUUGUCGAGCUCCACUGUGUUCAGUAGUCAGGUAUGUUUCUUUUGGAUGAUGCCAUGAAAUGUGCUUUUGCUCAGCUAAAUAAAAGACAAUCCACAGCACACAACAUGUACUUUUUAUUAAGCGUUUACUCUGUCUCAACACCAGCACUGCAGGGGGAAGUUGACUGCGUGUGAGAGGAUAUAAAGUAAGCGUGUUAUGAAUGACUGAUCCCUGGUCUGCCUCACUGGUUUCACGUUCGAAUAGGGGGUGCCUCCAUCUGACCCUGAGACUUGUGCCGGUGAGUGACGUCUACCUCCAGUAAGCUGGAGAGCUGAGCAGGAAUGUGGGCAGAGGGUAGGAGAGCUGAAUUUGGGUGCAGGCUUCACACCUCAUCAGGCAUGUUUACUGGAUGAGCUGCUUUGCCAUGACAAGCCCAAAAGAACAAAUUAGGUCAAAUUGAGACGUGGAGAAACAGAGAAAAAAAAAAAAACAACAUGAAAAAUUAAAUGUUUCAUUUUUGUUUUCCUAAGUGUGCUGUGUGAUGCCAGUUUGAAUAUUUUUGCAUGUGAAAACUGGCAGUAUUGGUAACCGUCUGCAGCUCGUGUUGGGAGAGGGUAGUGUUACCUGACAGUUUGAGUGUAUGAGAGGGAGAUGACACACACACAGGUCACUUAGACAGGUGAACAAAACCUUGUCCUGUCGAGAUAAAACCGUUUUCCAAGUUAUUGUUGUUGACGAUGUGACAUAUUCAGGGUACACUUUUAAGGUAGAGUAAAAUACAAUAAAUUCAUUUUGGCUUUUGUUUAUGUUGCCGUACUCCUGGUAUGUCUGUUUUACGCACUCGCCACGUCUUUCGUUAAGUCAGGUCAGAAAGUGGAUUAUUUACUUACAGUUUCCUCUACACACAUUUAAAAGAAGGUUUUAUGUACAGUUCCACCUGUAUUUAGAGUUUAGUGAAGUGAUGCCAGUCUCAGCACUCACGUUGGGUCAUCUUUAUGUGGCCUUAUUUCAGUUUACUUGAUUGACAGUUGACGUGUUUGUGUUCUGAUCUCAGAUAAACCUGUCAUAACACACAACAAGGUCUAACAGUGUUGAGUGUAAAUGAGUGAUUCAUGUCAGUUAAUUCAGGUUGAGAAUGUUGUAUUCUCUUCUCUAAAGUGAUAAUUUUUUUUUUUAAAUAAAUGAUGAUAUGUGGCUCUUUAGAUGCCCUGACCCCCCUCACAUUACUGAGCACAACCCAGACAUCAUUCUCGUCUUUUGGUUUGGUUUGUCUUUUGUUUGUUUUUUUCAGAAGCCUUCCCUCUUUGUCUGUCUCAUUGUUCAAAUCUCGAUAACAAUUUGUAACACGUAUUUUGUUUUAAGCGUUUAUACCUGAAGGAAAUGUCAGUGUAACAUUUAAGGCUUUAUCUUCUUUCUUUUUUUUUUGGUCGUUAAAUAACUUGCAUUUUAUCUCAAUUAAAUCUGCAACAGUGACACAUAAGGUGAACGCUCAGUGCUGUUGGCACAUUUCAGAGGACCUACUUCUUGAAAGCCUCACUUAGCCUUUAGGAAAGAGAGAAAAAAAAAGCCAUUGGACCGAGCACAGAGAAUAACGCUUUUAUAAUCGCGUGUUUGGCAGCUGCCGCUCAUGUCCUAUUGAUCCCCAACCAAAGCCAUAGUUGUUUUCAUACUUAAGCUUUGGCUGAGGUCUUGUGGGUUCUGCUAUUGAAAGCCCAUCAAAUAGCUGCAUUAUUCAAGUAACAUAAUAUAGGACAAUACACUCACCACAUUGGAUGAAUCCAAAGUCUCAAUAACAGAGCAGAUCUGUCUUCAAACAUACUGUGUUAAAGAUUGAAUAAUUAGGUUACCGUAUCUGUGAAAUACAAUCCAUCUAUUGUAUUUGCAAUGAGGAAAUUUUGACUUCACGUUUGCUGAAAGGACACACAAAGCACAUGAUUUAACCGCUGACGGUAACAGGACAAUGUGAGCUGCGCUUCUUCUGCUGUGGAAAUUCAGAUUCAGAAUUCCAGGCCAGAACUGUUGUGUCUCAUUAAAGAAAAACAGAUCAAACUCCA